AGAUGUCAUACCGUUUGCGGUUUAUUAUUUCCAUCGAAUGAAAUAUAUUUUUACUUCUUAAUGGAAAAUUCAUUAAGCUAUAGACUAGGCCUACUUAAUAGAGCAUUCAAAUGCGUCUCGUAAUUUUUCACUUUAGUUAUUUGCAUGGUUUUUGCCUUAAAGGGAAACUGAAUGCCAACUGAAUAAAAUCGUGGUUUUCAGUGCGACUUGUGUUUCAAGCGCUCAAUUGACAAUGAAACAUCUCUCAUCACUAUGGACUCCGCGGCUAGCUGAGUUUAUACUGCCAGUUUCCAAGCACGAGGAACGAGGACAUGCUGACUCGAAAAUAUCUGAAGAUACGGAAUUGUCUUCAGUACGUUAACAAAUGCUUAAAUUGGAAACAAUUCGUGUGGUGGGUUCUCUUUAGCAUUUAAUGCGCGGUAUCCGCUGGCCCCAGCCAUCAUCGUGCGCCUCCGCCGCUGACAUUUAUAUUGGAAGCAACAGGCUGAGCUCAUCGCGCUGGUGAGAAAGUCGCCUUUCAUCGGAGAAAUUCACUUCAUUUGUGUUUAUGCAAAACCCUACGAGCCGGGUCGUGCUGACUACAACUCCCCUUUAAACUACCUGGGAUAGUGGUGACAAUUUGUUGAAACUGGACCUCAAGACGCGCCCACUGAAGAAUUGCGGGCUUAGUGCAUUUCGUUUACGCGCAGGCGACACACAGCUGUGGAAAACCCGACACUGCAAUGUGGAGUGCUGAUUGUUGACAGGGCGAAAGAGGGCGGUCAAAACACAGACGGGUUAAACAGCGUGCCUUGCCUAUGGUUUCAUAUCUAACGCCGAGGAGCUGGAAUAAUUCAUUUGCUGUUCAUUCAGAGAGCUCCACAUCUACACAUCCUAGACAGUCACGCAUGCCCCAGAGGACCUUUGCACAUCAGCACUUCAUGCCCGCCCUGGUGAUGCCAUGCCCCGCAACCACAGCGGAGAUGAAGGCGGCACGGGGCUCUGGAUGAAAACUUCUCCGGGCCACCGCGCCGAGGGCUAUGACUUGAAGGAUGUGGAGUCCGGCCGAAGGAUGAUGAACAACGCCAGUGCCGGGGACGGUUUGCUGUCGGCCUCCAGUGCUACAGGUGCCGGGGGUUCGGAGAGCCUGAGAGGAAACAAGGGAGCCCGGCUCAGCCUGCUGGGAAAGCCGCUCAUAUACAGCGCUCAGAGCGGCCGGAGAAACGUCCGUUACCGAAGGCUGCAAAAUUUACUGUACAACGUGCUGGAGAGACCACGAGCCUGGGCGUUCAUCUACCAUGCGUUUGUGUUCGUCCUGGUCUUUGGUUGCUUGGUCCUGUCUGUGUUCUCCACCAUUCCGGCUCACCAGGACUUCUCUUCCGACUGUCUGCUCAUCCUGGAGUUUGUGAUGAUCGUGGUGUUUGGGCUGGAGUACAUCAUCAGGAUCUGGUCGGCCGGCUGCUGCUGUCGCUACAGAGGAUGGCAGGGUCGCCUCCGAUUCGCCCGCAAGCCUUUCUGUGUCAUAGAUAUCAUCGUACUGAUAGCCUCCGUAGCAGUGGUGUCGGCGGGAAGCCAGGGUAACAUCUUCGCCACUUCCGCCCUGCGUAGCCUCCGCUUCCUGCAGAUCCUGCGUAUGGUGCGCAUGGACCGGCGCGGCGGCACCUGGAAACUGCUGGGAUCAGUUGUGUACGCACACAGCAAGGAGCUGGUGACGGCCUGGUACAUUGGCUUCCUGGUCCUCAUCUUCUCCUCCUUUCUGGUCUACCUUGUGGAGAACAAGUUCAACAGCGAGUUUGCCACCUAUGCUGAUGCCUUAUGGUGGGGAACGAUCACCUUGACAACCAUUGGUUACGGGGACAAGACCCCGAAGACAUGGACCGGUCGUAUGCUCUCAGCUGGGUUUGCUCUACUGGGCAUCUCUUUCUUUGCCCUGCCAGCGGGUAUACUGGGCUCAGGCUUUGCCCUGAAGGUCCAGGAGCAGCACAGACAGAAGCACUUUGAGAAGAGGAGGAACCCAGCCGCUUGUCUCAUCCAGUGUGUUUGGCGUAGUUAUGCGGCUGAUGAGAACUCGGUUUCCAUUGCUACCUGGAAGCCUCAUUUGAAGGCGUUGCAUACCUGCAGCCCUACAAAGAAGGACCAGGGUGAAUCGUCCACAAGUCAGAAGCUGAGUUUCAAAGACCGUGUCCGGAUGGCGAGCCCCAGGGGGCAGAGUAUUAAGAGCCGGCAGACGUCGGUGAGCGACCGGCGGUCCCCGGGGACUGAGGCUGGGGGUACGGAGGGCACCAGCCCUGCCAAGGUCCAGAAGAGCUGGAGCUUCAACGACCGCACCCGCUUCAGACCCUCCCUCCGCCUCAAGAUCCAAUCACGCUCCACUGCCGAUGCUGACUCUAACAUGACCACUGAGGAUGGGUUCGGUGAUGACAAGGGGUGUCACUGUGAGAUCUCUGUGGAGGACCUGCUGCCUUCCGUCAAGUCUGUCAUCCGAGCCGUCAGGAUAAUGAAGUUCCACGUGGCCAAGAAGAAGUUCAAGGAGACGUUGCGUCCGUACGAUGUGAAGGACGUCAUAGAGCAGUACUCCGCCGGACACCUGGACAUGCUGUGUCGCAUCAAGAGUCUGCAGACACGGCUGGACAUGAUAGUGGGGCCCCAACCCCUGAGCAGCCGAGCCAAGACCUUUUCCUCUCCCUCCCUGCCCAUGUAUUACAGCCAGGGCAGAAAGAACUCCACGCAGGGAGUGGAUCAGAUCCUGGGUAAAGGCCAGGUUCCUCUGGAUAAGAAGAUCCGGGACAAGCUGCUGUCUGAUGGAGACCUGCUGGAGGACAUGAGUAUGCUGGGACGCGUCUGCAAAGUGGAACGGCAGGUCCAGUCUAUUGAGUCGAAGCUAGACUCCCUGUUGGACAUCUACCGGCAUGUGUUACGUAAAGGCUCCUCCUCUGCCCUCACCCUCUCCUCCCUGCCCCUGUUUGAGCUGGAGCAGACCUCCGACUACCAGAGCUCUAUCCUCUUCAAGGACCACUCCACCUGCUCUACCCAGGUCAGCAGCACCAGAGGUGGGCCAGGGAUAGAGGGCCAAGGGGGGUGCGUGACCCGCUCCUCCACCAACACCUCAAACCUGUCCCGGGGACUUCACCUUAUCCUGGCGCCGCCCACCGAGCUCAGCCUCAACCUCAACACUGGCACCUCCUCGCCUUCUACCGGUGGGCCCCCGCCCUCCUCGUUCAGUCCGUCGCCCCUUCCUCAACACCACCACCAUCAUCAUCAUCAUACCCUGCCAGAAAGUGGGGAACCAGUCCAUAGGGGAAGUUCUUCUCACUCACCUCCUAUUCUUACUCCUAAUUGUGUAUCUGGAAGUGGGGGGUUUCCUACUCUGGCCAGGCCCCCACCGCCUCCUCCCCAGCCCAGCCGGACGGUGGGUCACUCCAGGACGGAGAGGGAGAGGGAGGUGGAGGUGGGCAACUUCUGUGGAAGCCCGGAGGAGAGGGAGGAUGGUGAUGUGUUAGGCCCAGAACAAGGCCUCAGAAUCGGGAGGCUGGGGCAGUCAAGAGGGGGGUCCACUGCGAACAGCAAUGGCCGGCCCUGCAAUGCCAAAGCAGAGGGCUCCUGGACGAGACACACAAGCCUGGAGAUGGAGCCCCUGGUACCCCUCUCUUCUGCUCUGGGAGGAGGAGGCCGCUGCUCCUCUGGCUCCAACCCCAGCCAGGUGGACCGAAGCCUGGGCAAGUCCAUGUCUGUCCAAGACCUGGGGCAGGGUGGGACCACCUCCAUGGCCCUGGAUAGCCACCACCAUCCUAGCCUCAGCCUCUCCUCCCCCACAGACUCCCACAGUAGUCAGGACCCUGCGGGAGGGGGCGGCGGGGAUGGCUGGGGGGAGGAGGACCUCUUUAUCAGCGACAGGGACGUGGAUGCCCUCCCUCUCCCUCCCGAGGCUCAAGGUGGAGCCUUUGGCUUUGACUUCUUGUCCCAGGGUACAGCCGACGCAACCUCUUACUCUUCAGAGCUACUGAGGACAGACCCUGGGCUUGGGGCGGGGUUAAGUGCUCUGGCGGGGUUCAAUAGGAGCCUGCCGAGCGGGAACACGUCAUCGCCCGCCUCAGUUGGGAGCGCCGAGUCCCUGAGCAUGCCGCACGUACGGCUAAAAUAAGACACACCCCUGUGUCGUAUGGACCAAUCAAAAAACCUCACCUUAUAGAGCUCUUUAUUCUAUUUUUGGAGGGGUGAGGGGGAACAGGGAGUGACUAUAAUGGUUAUUUCUGUUUAUAUUUAUGUUGAUUCAUUUGAUAAAAAGCCAAGUAUUUUUCAUCCAAGUCGACGAUACAUGAACAUAUCAUUGCAUGAAUUAUUAUUGAAGAAAUCGAAACAAAGAAGGUAAAAUAAAGAGAGAGAGGUAUAUAAAAAGAGACUUUGAUAUAUAUUAUAUAUAUCUAAGAAACAAGCUAAACUUGAUCCUGAAAGACAGUGGGUUGAUCUGUGAUCUCGACACUGCAUGAGCACUGCAUGUUUUCAACUUACCCAUGUUACAACUUACCCAUAAGUCUUCAUUCAUUAACACUGGAAGUUGUUGAUGCCUAUGGACCUUAUGGCAAAACCCUUCUAGAAAACGUUUCCUUAAUUUUAAUACACAUAAUCAUGUACAGUAAAAGUUCAAGUGUGGGGCCUCCUAACUUAUAAGACUAGAGCAUAUGGGGCAAGUUAAAUGCUUACAUGAACCCAAUAUCAUACUCUUAUCCAAAGCUUCUGAGGCAGCCAUCUUGAAAUGAAAAUUGCCUCAAUACGACCAAGUUUUUUCACCCACAUCAGUUCCCUAUAGUUUCUCAUUUGAGUGACUAUUGUGGACAUACAAUGGUACAAAACACCCCUCAUUGUAAUGAUAGACUUGCCAAGUCCAGGUCAAUACUAGUUUGAGGUAAAUUGAAUUCUGCCAACAGGUCACACACACACCAAUACACAAACACACCCACACACUCCGGUAGUUUACAUACUGUAUAACUGUUGUACACAAGCUGCUACACAUAGUCCCGGGAAAGGAAUAACUUCUAAAACAGGAGAUGAAUAGCUGCUAAAACCAUAGAAAUAGAAUUACUAGAAUACGGUCCACCCAUCAUGACACCUUUGAAUGGGGAUGCCCGUUCUACUACUUCUAUUUCUAUGCCAAAAACACAGUUCAAUUGUGCACCCCGAGGUGUUAUCUACCCGACGACCAAGGCAUCCACAUUAUGUGAUUUCUUGAGAUGCCUGUGUAUCUUCUCAUUUAAUAUUUUUUUGUUACUUAUAACACAAGAGAGCAAAACACGAAGGGAGAAAAUGUGCAAAAAUAUAUUUGUUAUCCGAUUAUGUGACCCUCUUUUAAUUAAAUGAAGAUACUUGCAGUCUUACAUGGUUUCAGUCGCAAUCACACUCCCCGGCUUUAGUUCUUUUAAUACGUUAUAGUUUUGAAUGCUUAUUAAAUUGCUUAAACGGAAGUUGACAUGCUGUAGAAUGUAUAUAAUGUUAUGUUAAUAAUCUGUAAGUGAUAUUUCGCACACCCUGGCAAGCAGUGUGAGUGACAUCAUGGCUAAUGCUAACAACAAUUAGCCCUUUUGACUUAAAGGGAUAUGUCACUCAAAUCACAAAAUUACAUUGUUUUUCUUACCUUUCAAGCAGUCUUUACAGGGUACCAAAAUAAAACAUGUAUUUUGUCAUUUGAGUGGACUAACCUUUUAAGUGUUACAGAUUCAGGUACAACCGGGUCAUGUUCAAUAGGGCACAAUGUAGCAAAACAUUUUGAAUUGGAAUGCAAAGAUGACUCAUUGGACACGCUCAACCUCAGGUAGUAGGCUACCUCAUCGGUUUCAAAACGUUUUGUAACAUUUUGUGCCAACUGAACAGGAUCCUGUAGGGAUUAUUGGAUGUUUCACCAAGGGGGUUGUUUCAAAGGAGAGAAACCCAUUCAAAAACAACAUGAAAUACAGGAUGAACUUGUACGCUAAACCCAAAGCUCCAGUACACAUACCAUUGGAAACAGAAACAUUUAUGGUCGAUUAGAUCCUUAUUGAAGGCUUUACCAGAAUAUGUGAAGUAUACAAAACAUGCAGUACAUAACAUGGUGCCUUUUUUGGCGAUAUACUGUCCAUUUCAACAUGUUUAUUUGCACCCAACGUGUGGGUUGUUGGCCUUUUGUGCUGAAAUGGUCUCACAUACUUGAUUUUUUGUUUCAUCCCUUGUAUAUAUAAAAAAAAAAUGACUAUC